AUGACUGACCUUGGUAUUGGUUUUGCAGAUGAAACUAUGCCAGAUAUUGAGCUAUUAAUUGCUGGUGUAAGUUUUAUUGCUCAAGGGAAGGAAGAUUUAUUUGGAAUGAUAAUUACGCAUGCACAUGAAACCAUUACGAUGCAGUGCCUUAACUGUGGAAAGAGUUACAAUGUCCCAAGUAUACAACAAAGUUCACGACUAAUUUUCUCAAGGAAAAACUGA